AAAUGCUGAAUUAGAGAGAGAAAUGCUGAAUUUCUGACCAGAAAACACACACAGGAGACACACCUUCAGCAUGGCCCAGAAAAGUCAGACUGGUGGAACUGAGAAAAAUGGGUCCUCCCUCCUGUACAGCAAGAAUGAUCUCAAGGAAGGAGCCCUGCAGUGGGUGCCAGAACCCCCCCAAGGCCAGGUGCUGCUGGUGCUCAGCAUGGACAACACCUGCCCCAGCUCCUCCUUUGACAUGGACCUUUGUGCUGACAAACUGCAGUCCCUUGGCAUCCAGGUGCCAAUGGAUCCAUGGAGAAGGCUGAUCCAGGAGGGAGUGCUGAGCCCCCGAGUGAGGCGGUACCUGUUCUACAGCUCCAGGGGCUGCCAGAUUGCCAUGGCCAUGGUAUUCUACAUCUCUCUCUGGACAAACCUUUACUCCACCCUCCAGCUGUGUUCCCUGGGCCACUCCUGGGGGGCUGGCGUGCUGGUGACACUGGUGGCCCUGGCUCUCACUGUCCUGGUGAUCCUGGUCAUUGAUGGGCACCACAGGAAGCUAAAUGUGAACACAGAUGUGAGGCUGGCAGCUGUCAAUGAAAUCUUUAUCAAACACAGCAUAAUCCUGGGGAUUACAGAUGUCCUGGAUGGACCACGCAACAUCCUGCAACUGUGCUUUGUGCACUUCAGCCCCCAGCCCUGCCUCCAGGCCCUGGCAGCCCACAUCACUCACCUGCAGGGGACACAGGCAGGCUUGAGGCACAGGCUGAACAAGCUCUGGGUGGUCAUGGAUGUGGCAGCUCAGCCCGAGCUGGGGGUGGAGGAGGAGGCUCCAUGUGAAGAAUCCCCUCUUUUAUCCAGAAGGGUGACCCUGAAUAAAGAUCCUGUGACCUGCAGUGAGCUCCUGCACCUCAUCCCCGAGGGCCCACCCCAGGCCAUGGCCCAGCAGCUCCUGGUGCUGUUCAGCGCGUGCUACGUGCGGCUCCUGGUGACGGGCCGGCUGCCUCGGGCCAGCCCAGGGGGACACCUGGGCCACAGCAGCACCCCCUGCCUCUGCCAGUUCAUCCAGAGCACGCUGCUCUGCUCCUGAGCCAGGAAUGACACACGUCACCCUGCUCUUCUAAGCCUUCUGAUGGUUACAUUCUUGUAAUGGAGUUUCUCAUGCACUGUCACCAUGAUAUUUUCUGACAAAUCCUUUUUGCCAGGAUUUUCCUCUUGAGAAGCCUCAGAAAAGAAAUGUAAACAAUAAUUUUCUGAUUGCUUGGAUUGGGGUCUGGAGGUUGCUUCCCAACAGGUGCAUCUUUGAUUGAAGGAUUGUGAGAAUUGUUUUUAAUUAAUGGCCAAUCCCAGUCCAGUUGUGACAAGACUCU